UCAUCAGAUUCUUUCACACCCCCAAAAAACCCACUCCCUAAAAACCGAUUUUCUCUCUCUUCAAACCCACCUGCAUUUGGUUCUUCUGCAAUGGGGUUUUGUUUUUGGUCCUCUCUUGAAGAAUGCCAUUGAAAGGGGUUUUGAAGGGUGUGAAAACGUUUCAGAUCUGAAGCUUUUGAAGGUUUUUUGCUUUCUCAGGUGUGUUUGUGAAAUCAUUUCAACUGUGAAGAUGAUGCAAAAGCCUCCACCAGAAGAUUUCUUACUGAAAGAGACCAAUCCCCACCUUGGUGGGGGGAAGGUCACUGGUGACAAACUAGCAAGCACCUAUGACCUCGUUGAGCAAAUGUAUUACCUCUAUGUUCGGGUUGUCAAGGCGAAAGACUUGCCUGCGAAAGAUGUCACUGGUAGCUGCGACCCGUAUGUGGAGGUUAAGCUUGGAAAUUACAAGGGCACGACUCGGCAUUUCGAGAAGAAGUCGAAUCCUGAAUGGAGCCAAGUGUUUGCGUUUUCGAAGGAUCGGAUUCAGGCUUCGGUGCUUGAGGUGACUGUGAAGGAUAAGGAUUCUCUUAAGGAUGAUUUCAUUGGGAGAGUUCUUUUUGACUUGAAUGAGGUUCCGAGAAGGGUACCACCGGAUAGUCCUUUGGCACCACAAUGGUAUCGGUUGGAUGAUAAGAAGGGAGAGAGGGCGAAAGGAGAGCUGAUGUUGGCUGUUUGGAUGGGAACACAAGCGGAUGAAGCGUUUUCUGAGGCUUGGAAUUCAGAUGCUGCAACUGUGAGUGGAGCUGAUGGGCUUGCAAAUAUGCGGUCUAAGGUCUAUCUUUCUCCUAAGCUUUGGUAUUUGAGGGUGAAUAUCAUUGAAGCUCAGGAUCUGCAGCCGAGUGAUAAGGGUCGGUAUCCAGAGGUUUUCGUUAAGGCUAUACUUGGAAAUCAGGCUUUGAGGACUAGAAUUUCCCAGUCUAGAACUAUCAAUCCAAUGUGGAAUGAGGAUUUGAUGUUUGUUGCAGCUGAACCAUUUGAGGAGCCUUUGAUUCUAAGUGUGGAAGAUCGGGUUGCACCAAACAAGGACGAGGUUCUAGGACGGUGUGCGAUUCCGCUGCAGUAUAUAGACAGGAGAUUGGACCAUAGACCUGUGAACACAAGAUGGUUCAACCUCGAGAAACACGUUGUUGUUGAAGGGGAGAAGAAGAAGGAAAUCAAGUUUUCGAGUAGGAUUCACAUGAGGAUAUGUUUGGAAGGUGGCUACCAUGUUUUGGAUGAAUCAACACAUUACAGUAGUGAUCUUCGGCCGACGGCUAAACAGCUCUGGAAGAACAACAUUGGGGUUUUAGAAUUGGGUAUUCUGAAUGCUCAGGGGUUAAUGCCGAUGAAGACGAAAGAUGGGCGUGGAACGACCGAUGCAUAUUGUGUUGCUAAGUAUGGGCAGAAGUGGGUUCGAACAAGGACGAUCAUCGACAGUUUCAUACCCAGGUGGAAUGAGCAGUACACUUGGGAGGUUUUUGAUCCCUGUACUGUCAUUACAAUUGGGGUUUUUGACAACUGCCAUUUGCAUGGUGGGGAUAAGGCUGGAGGAUCAAAAGAUGCACGGAUAGGGAAGGUUAGAAUUCGCCUUUCCACGCUCGAAACUGACCGAGUUUAUACUCAUUCAUAUCCUCUGCUGGUUCUGCACCCUAAUGGGGUGAAGAAGAUGGGUGAGAUUCAUUUGGCUGUGAGAUUUACAUGUUCUUCCUUGCUAAACAUGUUACACAUGUACUCACAUCCCCUCCUCCCCAAAAUGCACUAUAUUCACCCGUUAACAGUGAGCCAGCUCGAUAGCCUUCGGCACCAGGCGACUCAGAUUGUGUCGAUGAGGCUGACCCGUGCUGAACCACCAUUGAGAAAAGAGGUUGUCGAGUAUAUGCUCGAUGUAGGCUCCCACAUGUGGAGCAUGAGAAGAAGCAAGGCUAAUUUCUUCAGAAUCAUGGGAGUUUUCAGUGGCUUGAUUGCAGUUGGAAAAUGGUUUGAUCAGAUUUGCCAUUGGAGAAACCCCAUUACAACUGUUCUUAUACACAUUUUGUUCAUCAUUCUUGUGAUGUACCCUGAGCUCAUUCUUCCUACAAUCUUCCUCUAUCUGUUCCUUAUUGGAGUUUGGCAUUAUAGAUGGAGGCCAAGGCACCCGCCUCACAUGGACACCCGCCUCUCCCAUGCGGACUCUGCUCACCCCGACGAACUGAACGAGGAGUUCGACACCUUCCCAACUUCCUCCCCUCCUGACAUUGUGAGGAUGAGGUACGAUCGGCUAAGGAGCAUUGCUGGGAGGAUCCAGACCGUAGUUGGGGACUUGGCUACACAGGGCGAGAGGCUGCAAUCUCUACUCAGUUGGCGUGACCCGAGAGCUUCAGCAUUGUUUGUGCUCUUCUGCCUGGUUUCUGCUAUAGUUCUGUACGUUACACCAUUCCAAGUCGUGGCAUUCCUUUCGGGGAUUUAUGUGCUAAGACAUCCGAGGUUUCGGUACAAGCUCCCGUCCGUUCCGCUCAACUUCUUCCGGAGGCUGCCAGCCAGAACAGACUGCAUGCUAUGAUGAACGAACUUUUCUUUCUUGCUCUAUUGGUAAAAUGAAGGGGAAAGCAUUAUGAAAGAAAAGCCUUUGUUUGCUGUGUUAUAUUCUUGUUUAGGGGCAUUUUUUUUUGGGCAUUCCCCAGAAGUUGUUGUCGGUAGAUUUUAUUUAUGGAUUUGUGUUAUGUUCAGUAUCAUUUCAAUAGAAUUUCUUGGCAUUAAGUGUC